CAGCCGCUGGCCACCGGCUUGCCCACCGUGCCCUCCGUGCCCGCGGUGCCGGGCGUCAACAACCUUACUGGCCUCACCUUCCCCUGGAUGGAGAGUAACCGCAGAUACACAAAGGACAGGUUCACAGGUCACCCCUAUCAGAACCGGACGCCCCCUAAGAAGAAGAAGCCGCGCACGUCCUUCACGCGCCUGCAGAUCUGCGAGCUGGAAAAGCGCUUCCACCGCCAGAAGUACCUGGCCUCGGCGGAGCGCGCCGCCCUGGCCAAGGCGCUCAAGAUGACCGACGCGCAGGUCAAAACCUGGUUCCAGAACCGGAGGACGAAGUGGAGGUGA